AUGAAAUGGAUCAAAGUUAUACCCUUACCAAACGCAAAUCAGGAAGAUGUAAUCGAUUUUAUCCAGAAGCAUAUUCUUUAUACAUUUGGAAUCCUAGAGAUUGUCACAACAGAUCAAGGGUCAGUAUUCACUGGUCGAAAGAUGCAAGAAUUUGCUAAAGAAAUGGGUUUCAAACUAUUAACUUCGAUUCCAUAUUAUGCUCAGGCUAAUGGACAAGUCGAAGCUGCUAAUAAAUUGAUCAUUGGUUUAAUUAAGAAGCAUGUGGGGAAGAAGUCUAGAAAUUGGCACAAAAAUCUAGAACAAAUUUUGUGGGCAUGUCGUACCUCUCCCAAAGAAGACACUAAGUUGACCCCUUUUCGGCUGACUUUUGGUCAUGAUGUUGUUUUGCUAGUAGAGAUUCACCUACAAUCCACAAGGAUUCAAAGGCAUCAUGAAAUUCCAACAGAGUCAUUUUGGAGCAUGAUGCUGGAUGAAUUAGUUGAUCUAGAUGGAGAAAGGUUAAAUGCCUUGGAGUUAUUAAAAUGGCAGAAUAAGAGAGUAAAGAACUCUUAUAAGAAAAAGGUGAAAAUCAAAAGUUUUUCGCCUGAAGACUUGGUCUGGAAAGUGAUCCUUCCAAUGGAUUGA